CUGGAGUUGUGUCUGUGAAGCUAUUGCCUGUUGAGGGGUGGCCCUGUGCUACUGCAUCUGUUCACUGUUAUGAUUACAAAAUGUAAAGUUUUUGUGUGCAAUCUAAAACUGUUACUGAAUUAUUUUACCACUUGUCAUUAUAAGCCUAAACAUUGUACUUUGGCCUUCUACUCUGCUUCUAAGCUUGCUUGGGAAUCUGAGGAGUGACCUUUGAGUUAUUGCAUUUCCUCCCUGUUUCUCCCUUGCUCUUUGCCGGCCUGCAUCAUCAGUUAAAGUCUGCAUGAUGAGAAAAUAUGUCAAAUGAUCAAAAGACCGCAACCCUGCUGACAGACACUCUUGAUUAAUCGUAAUCUUGCAUCCAACAUCUAAUGCUGCGUACCAUUCAGUCAGGGUCUCUCAGCUGCUCCUCUCCUCUCAGUCUCUCAUGGUUUCUAGUUGUGGAUAUCCAAAGAAGUGUGCGUGGGUGAGGAGGCCGGGAGGGUGAACCUGUUCAGCGUAACGAUACACCCUCGUGUCCAGGCCUUGCUGACCUCAGUUCCACACCGCAGACCCGGCCUCUUGGGUUGUCACUCCCAUGACAUUGUAGACGUCGGGAGGGAAUGAUUGGCAUUUGCAAAGGGACGGAGAGAAGGGAUACUAUUGGUUAACGGGUCAAAGGAGUGUCUGGCAAGGCGUUACUAGCAUCAUCGAAUUAGGGUAGGAUUUACAUGGCGGUUUGGCUCUCCAUGUUGUCAUCUCUUUCACUCUGUUUUGGUCUCUUUUCGUUCUUUCUUGGUCUCUUUUACUCAUUGGCCUUACUUAAUUUGAUAUCAUUAGUUUCUUUGCUGACUACCGCUGGAGGCAUGAGGAAGAGGAAACGGGAGGGAAGUUAGCUUGUUCAGUCGCCGGUUCCCCUAAGGAGUGGUCUAUAUUUGCAAUAGCAUGCAGAGGAAGGUCUAUAUGGUUGACACUGUACUCCCUAUCUCUUUACUCUGGUGUCAGCUUGUGUAAAGACGGCUGUGCGAACACCAGCCUAGGACGUUUGGCAAAAUAUUUGACUGUUUACCAACCAGCAGGCACUUGAUCCUUGAGCUUGGACUGAGCUGAGGUAUGGAGUAUAGUUUCACCAGGACAUACAGGGGAUCUUUGGUCUGUGAAGAUUCAUCAGAGAAGACCAAGAAGGAGGUGAUGUCCAAAGGCUCAACUGGCAUGGAGGUCAUCCUGGCUUCCCUGGAGAAUUCCCGAGAUCUUCAGACCACCUUGAACAUUCUUUAUAUCCUCAGUGAGCUACUUACUGUGGGCGGAGGGCGCAGGGUGGCGGUGUUUGUGUCCAAGGGGGGCCCCGCCAUCUUACUGAAGCUGCUGAUCUCUGCCAGCAAAGAGUCUCCUCCCAGUGAGGAACUCAUGCUGCAGCUUCACUCCCUGCUGGCCAAAGUGGGACCAAAAGACAGGAAGUUUGGGGUGAAGGCCCGUUUGACUGGCGCUCUGAAUGUCACCGUCAACCUACUGAAACAGAACCUCCUCAACUCCAAACUGGUUCUGCCUUGCCUGCAAGUCCUCAGGGUCUACUCUUCCAACUCGGUGAACGCCAUCUCUCUGGGGAAAAGCGGUGCAGUGGAGCUCAUGUUCAAGAUCGUGGGGCCGCACACCAAGAAGAACACCACCCUGCUCAAGGUGGCCCUGGACACUCUGGGAGCCCUCCUCAAAUCCAAGACCAACGCGCGGCGGGCGGUUGACCGAGGGCACGUCCCCCUCCUGCUGUUCGCCUACCAAGACUGGCACCGCAAUGACACCCGGCAACGGCACAUGCUGAUCCGGAAGGGCCUGCUGGCCAGCCUCAGGAACAUCACCAACAUCAAGUGCGGCAGGACUGCCUUCAUCGAGGCCGACGGCAUGAGAGUCCUCUACAACACCUCCAACGAGUGCCUCCCAGUGCGGACGCUGGACCCUCUGGUGAACACCUCCAGUCUCAUCAUGAGGAAGUGUUUUCCCAAGAACCGCCUGCCUCUGCCCACCAUCAAGUCGGCCUUUCACUACCCUCUACCACACGUGCCCGCAGGGGGCCCGGUGGCACAGAUCUACAGCCAAAUGCCUGGAGUGGACGACGUCGUGGACGACAGCGAUGAUGAGACUGAGGCGGAUAUGGAGAAUGACACAGAGAACGAAGAGGACGAGAAGGACUGUCGCGCUGGGAACGACGACAUAGAGACGGACCUCAGCAAGCUCCGUCCCAGAGAGAUCCACAGCCGUCCGUUUGAGGAGCUGAGGGUGUACGACAAGUUCUUUCUGGAGCUGUCCGAGGACUUCCAGGGGUACGAUUUUGACAAUGCCAAAACGUCCUCGGAGACUUCCACCACAUCGGCCACCAAAUCCCCCCGGCCAAUCACCGUGCCCGCGGUCCAAGCCGCGCCCCUUCAGCGUGACCCCGGCGAGGGCCGCCCGGCCUCCGCCCCCUCCUCCUGUAGACCUGCCACGCCCCUGGCCCCCGCCCCGGCCUCGUCCCCCCUGCCGCCUCUAGAACUAGCCAGCAUCCACCUGACGGAAGACGCCAAAGAGGGCGUGGCCAAAGAGGGCGUGGCUAAAGAGGGCGUGGACAGAGAGGGCGUGGCCCCGGGGGCCCGGCCCGCCCCCCGGGGCACGGGCCUGGAGCAGGAGCUGGUGCGCGUGCUGGAGCGCGUGGCCCUGGAGGCCGACAGCCCUCUGAACGGAGGAGGUGGAGGAGGGGGAGGGGUGGACGAGCCUCCGGUGAACUCCACCCGACACAUCCAGUCCCCGCUGCUCGUCGGGGGCAUCGCCGCGGCGCGCCGAGGGGGGGGUGGCGGCAGCAGCGCCGGGGGGUCGGACUGCGGCUCUGAGGGCCCCGAGGAGGAGGGCCCCCUGCUGGAGGUGCCCGACACGGCCCUGCUGCUGCCCCUCCACGACCCCGACCUGUACGUGGAGAUGGUGAAGGGCACGGCCUCGGUGCCUCGGUACUCGGAGGUGGCGUACCCCGACUACUUCGGCCACGUGGCCCCCACCUUCAGGGAGCCGCUGCUGGAGAGGGCCUACGGCGUGCAGAGGGCUAAGAUAUUCCAGGACAUUGAGAGGUUGAUUCACCCAAAUGACAUCUUGGACAAAGUCGUUUAUGACCUGGAUAUUCCUAGUGGCCCUGUGAUUGCUGACGAUGGAGAGUCACUGAAGUUCAACUCACAAUUUGAAUCCGGCAACCUCAGAAAGGCUAUCCAUGUCAGGCAGCAUGAGUAUGACCUGGUGCUCAACUCGGACAUCAACAGUAACCACUAUCACCAGUGGUUCUAUUUUGAGGUGAGCGGGAUGUGCGUCGGAACGGACUACCGCUUCAACAUCAUCAACUGUGAGAAGUCCAACAGCCAGUUUAAUUACGGUAUGCAGGUACUGAUGUAUUCUGUGCAGGAGGCGAUUGGGGGUAAGCCUCGCUGGGUGAGAACAGGAGAAGACAUCUGUUACUACAAAAACCAUUUCUCCAGGAGUUCAAUUGCCACAGGCGGCCAGAAAGGAAAGUCGUACUACACCAUGACGUUCACCAUGAACUUCAGCCAUAAGGACGACGUCUGCUACUUUGCCUACCACUACCCUUACACAUACUCCACCCUCAAGAUGCACCUGUCCAAGCUUGAGGACCUGAGAAGCCCUCAGAUCUAUUGGAGACAGGACGUCCUGUGUGAGACACUGGCAGGAAACAGCUGCCCCCUCCUCACCAUAACAGCCAUGCCCGAGGCCACCACCAACGACCACAUCUGUGCGUUCAAGAACCGGCCGGUGAUCUUCCUGUCGGCCAGGGUGCAUCCCGGGGAGACCAACGCCAGCUGGGUGAUGAAGGGCACGCUGGAGUUCCUGAUGGGCUCCAGCCAGCUGGCCCACAGCCUGCGAGAGGCCUACAUCUUCAAGAUCGUCCCCAUGCUCAACCCCGACGGCGUCAUCAACGGAAAUCACCGCUGCUCUCUGAGCGGUGAGGAUUUGAACCGCCAGUGGCAGAACCCGAGCCACGAGCUCCACCCAACAAUCUACCACACCAAGAGCCUCCUGCAGUACCUCGCUCACAUACAGAGGGCGCCACUGGUUUUCUGUGACUACCACGGUCACUCUCGUAAGAAGAACGUGUUCAUGUAUGGCUGCAGUGUGAAGGAGACAGUCUGGCAGUCCAACAUCAACACCUCCUCCUGCGAUCUACAUGAAGACCUGGGAUACAGGACUCUGCCUAAGAUUCUGUCCCAGAUGGCCUCUGCCUUCAGCAUGGGCAGCUGCAGCUUCGUGGUGGAGCGCUCCAAGGAGUCCACGGCCCGCGUGGUCGUCUGGCGGGAGAUUGGGGUCCAGCGCAGCUACACCAUGGAGAGCACGCUGUGUGGCUGUGACCAGGGGAAGUAUAAGGGUCUCCAGAUCGGCACCAGGGAGCUAGAGGAGAUGGGCGCCCAGUUCUGUCUGGCCCUGCUCAGGCUGAAGCGGCUCACCUCCCCUCUGGGCCUGCGCACCCAGCAGCACUUCCUGGACGUGGAGAGUGACCUCAUGGAGACCCGCGCCAAAGUGACCAGCAGCAGCCCCACCACCUACGUGAUGGAGGAGGACGAGCCGUCCUUCCAGGAGGAGGUGGACUACAGCGCCGACAGCAACGACGACGAUCCCGACCCGGACGUCGAGGCCAGCAACGAGCCCGAGGACGCCGCCCUCCACCUGGACACGCUGUCGGACUGCGAGACCGCCAACCACAAAAAAUAAAGCAUGAAUCGGGUCACCGCGACUGCUGGUACGUUGGUGUCGGGUGGGUGGGGUGGGUGGGGGUCGUUCGACACGUUGAAGCCCAAAAUCGGGGGGGGGGGGGGUUUGCUCCCGAUGGGGGCACGUCUUGCCCCCUUCUACCGUAACGUAGAGCCGAGAGUCGGAUGGCCGCCCGACUCUGUGCAUUCCAAUGAAUGGAUGAAUGAUCCACCCUCCCCCGGGAGUGUCACCUUGUCACGUAAAGCUUCCUCAUGCCAUUACAGUUCACCCUCUGCGCCCAGCCGUGACCUCAGACACCAUGUAUAGCCUCUGAGAAGUCCUCAAACCAACCUACACCAAGCCACGGGCACCGUCACUGUUAAUGCUCUACCUGACCCCAAUGCUUCACCCGUCUGACUUAAGCAGUAGAAGACGGGCCGCACGCAUCUGUCCAGAGUAGUCAGGCAAGACACAGACACGGGACAGCUCCGGCUUUGUAUGGAGCUGAGGCGAUAGUUUUGUUUUGGGUCUGAACCCGCUUUUGCAGUUAUUGUGGAAGUGUGUACCUCACCCGCUGGCUCUCCUGACUGAUAAAUCUCACCAGUUUGCCUUCAUAUUAAUACACCUUUCCUCCAUCUCUCGCCCUGCACUUUAUCACACCCGUUAUGUAAAAUAAAAAGUGUGCGUUCCUCCCAUCUUUUCUCCCCUCCCCCACCUUCUAUUCUUUAAUCCUUCAUCGUUCUACUUCCAUUCUUUCACUCUGUAAUCCUCUCUUCCCUCCCUUUUUACUUGAGGCCCCUGGGAUGACUGGACCACUUAAAGAGAUGCCUUUUCUUGAAUGUGAAUAAUAGGCCACCAACAUACACAACACUGACAUCCCGUUGAAUGAGAUCAUCUCUUAACGUUACCUGUGUUGUUGUUUUGUCGUCACCCUCGUCCCCUUGAUUGUGGCACCUCAUGGGAUUCCCCUCCUCCAUAUUCUGUCGACUUACUCAAAAUGUGUUGUUUCCUAUACUCGCUCAGUAGAAUGUUUCCACUUCUUAAGCAAAACAUAGUCUUAAUGGUACUUCACAGUAAGGGCGCGUGCCCACACGUACAGCUCUAUACCACAAACCUAACACAAGGAAGUUCUGCUUUUUGUUGAUGUAUUUAUAUGUUGGUUCGCAACCGCUUAAAAUGUCUGAAUAAUGACAAAAGUAGGUAGUGAUUAAAAAAUGUACAGUAUACAUACACACACUAGUCACGUUUUUCCGAACGAUCGACACGGUACGAUCAAAAGCUGUACAGCCUAGGUGCACAAUGCAUGGGGUGCUAUAUACCUAUGUCAUAGAGGCUCACUUUUCCCCAACAGGAACAGUAUCCCACUCGUCCGACUCAUUUCAUCCACUUUAAAUUACCAGUAGCCCAACCAAAGCGAUUAUAAGUAUAUGAGGUUUUAUUUUGAAAUGAACACUAUAAGCUUUUUUUUUAUACUCUGUCUUAUCAUCGUAGCUUGUAAAGAAGCAGUGUGGAACAAAAAGGUGGUGCUCUAAACCAGAGUAUACAGUCUUGGCUUAGCUGUAGUAUUUUAUUGCUUUCUUAAUGGAGGGAGUUCUAUAGUUCAAUUUCCUAAUGCAUUUGUACAGUUGGUGCAUGGCUAAUUUAUGUUAUGUUUAAUUUACAUUGGUUUUCAGUGUGCAACCCCCGUGUUUUAGGUAAAUGUCAUGUUUGCCUUAUUUAAAUGAAAGUUGUUUUAGAUUUAUAUGUGUUUAUUCAUUGUAUAAGGUUUUAUUUAUUUGAUGACAUAAUAUCACGCUGUCGUAUGAAUGUAUUUGCCUUUGUAUUCAAUUAUAAAGUUAUGAUUUAGAAUGUUUAUGUCCACCUUACUUUGGGAAACUUUUUUUUUUGCAGGCAUGAGAUAAGAUAGCAAACGGCUAAUUUGAUUGUAAUAAAAAUGCACUGAAACUUGUUACUAAAUUAUGGGAAAUAAAAUGUGAAUGUGAAAAGCGGUUGGCUUGCUGCUCUGUAAAAUGCACAAAAUGUCGUGUUUGUAUGAGUUAUUUCAAAAAGAGUGUAGACAAAAUAAACAUGUAUUCACACAUUAAACAUGA